GAAAAUCUCCCGAAAAGCUUAUUGCGAACAAACAUACUCCUUACCUAUGCACAUGUAUGUACAUUGUACAGUACGUAGCCUUGGCCUUCCUUCUAGUCCUACCAUGCAUUGCAUCUGUUGUACACGUAUACCUACAGAGACCUGCCUACCUGCCUUGCCUUAUUCCUAUGUACAAUGUGCCGAGACUCCACACAUCUUUCUUUCUUUCCUUUUCUUGCAGUUUUUCCUCCUGUAGGGAAUGUAGGUUAGCAGGCGCUUCGGGAAACACUUGGCAACAAAAAAGAUCAAUAUAGGGGUCCUUGACAAAGAAUCUCCGACCUCCCCGGCGUGUUAUUGUUGCCCGAAGCCUUUUGCUCGGCGAUCAAGUGUUCACCU